GUCACGGCACACGCAAAGCACGUCUUUACCAAACACACAGGAGCUGGUGGAUAUCAAAUGCGUCCUCUUCAACCCAAAUAUUUACGAAUCGAUUCCUCGAAGCUUGUCGUUCGCUGAUCGUUUGAAGGGAUGGCGGAAAGCGAGGUGGACACGCCGAGCACCCCGAUAGAAUACGAGAGCAAAUACUUCGAAUAUCAUGGAGUUCGCCUCCCUCCUUUCUGCAGGGGCAAGAUGGACGAGAUCGCCAACUUUUCAUUGAGAAGUAGCGACAUAUGGAUCGUUACUUAUCCCAAGUCAGGUACGAGUUUGUUACAGGAGGUGGUGUAUCUGGUGAGCCAGGGUGCGGACCCAGAUGAGAUCGGGCUAAUGAAUAUCGAUGAGCAACUUCCCGUGUUGGAAUAUCCACAGCCGGGACUGGAGAUUAUCCAGGAACUCACAUCCCCACGUCUGAUCAAAAGUCACCUGCCGUACCGUUUUCUACCGUCAGCAAUGCACAAUGGAGAGGGCAAGGUGAUAUAUAUGGCCAGGAACCCUAAAGAUCUGGUGGUGUCUUAUUAUCAGUUUCAUCGCUCUUUGAGAACCAUGAGCUACAGGGGGACGUUUCAGGAGUUCUGCCGGAGAUUCAUGAAUGACAAGCUGGGAUACGGCUCCUGGUUUGAACAUGUGCAAGAGUUCUGGGAACAUCGCAUGGACUCCAAUGUUCUCUUUUUGAAAUAUGAGGACAUGUACAAGGAUCUGGGCAACCUGGUAGAGCAGCUGGCCAGGUUUCUAGGCAUCUCCUAUGAUAAAGCUCAAAUGGAGACCAUGUUGGAGAGCUGUAACCAGCUCAUUGAGCAGUGCUGUAACUCUGAGGCUCUGUCCAUCUGCAGGGGUCGUGUUGGGCUGUGGAAGGACAUUUUCACUGUGUCCAUGAAUGAGAAGUUUGAUGAUGUGUACCAACAAAAGAUGGAAAAAUCUGACCUGACCUUUGACUUUAUUAUGUGAGGAGGCAACACUGGACUAUCCGCAAACCGCUCAAAGAACCAACUAGUUCACACGACCCGCUGUGCUUAGCGCCACCUGCUGGAAAUUUCUAUCGUAGAGAGUUGAUCUUUCCAUCCCUAGCAUUUCUUCAUCAUCAUGGCUUUCUAUAGUUUCUUCUACGAGCGUUUUCUUGUGUGUAAACAGUGAAUCAGAAGUGUGAGCACAGUGCUUGUAGCGUUUGCACAUUGUACAGAGCUGUUCCAUAUCCCAAAGGCGCUUAUGAAAUGUGUAUUUAUGAAACAAAUCGGAAUUAAAAAUGAUUUUAGACUAUAUUCUAUGUUGGAAAACCCAUAUGGCAAACUCAGAAUUGUCUUGUCUGAGCGUUUGCAUUUCUCAGGAGGAUUCUUAAAAUCAUUGGCUACCAGAUGCACCAAAUAUGCAGUCAUCCAAUCACAUCUCAAGUACUCAAAACUUGACCCUCACUAUGAAUGCUGAUUGAUUCCUGACUGAAAGAUCUCAAAGAAUGAGUGGAGUCUGAUUUAGUUUCCUACUGUUUAUAGAUACUGUAUGUAUUAUGAUUACAAUUAUGUAUAUUUUCACACGUGGGCUGUGUCCGAAAGUGUGUGUGAUCAUCACAUCUACAGAAAGAAGAAAUAUCACCCCCAGAUCAUUCCCCUACAGUUCGAAGUCUAUGAAUCUGCAAAAAGGAGUGCGAGACAGUGAGGAAGUGAAAACUUGCAUAUCACAAAAAACUGCAUCAGAAGUCCUACAAUAUGAGCAGAAAUGAUCUUGUGAUUACAUCACUAGGUUCACAGUAUAAAAGAUGCAUGAGGUCAACUCAAAAUACCAGCACUCGUAACAAACCGAGUUAAAAUUGUACACAUAUUCACAAAAGAAUGCAUUGCUACAUGCUUAGAUAUGCUGUAGUGUACUGCUUUCUAUAUUUUGCACAGUAUGCACAAAAUACAGAAAAAAUGUAGAACAAGAUUGCACAACAUUGUCGUCAUAUGAUCCAGAAAGCGAAUGGACGUUUUGUGUUUCUUAACCUACAUUCAAAUGUAAUAAAUGACUUUUCUCAUGGUC